CGCGGGUUGGCUGGAGUAGAGGCGGCGAAGGGGGCGAAUUGACGGCAACGGGAAGGGAAUACGGGUUUGUUGACUUUGGCGGCGAGGAGGAAGGAUGAUGCCCGGCGUGAGCGCUUCAGCUUGCCGGGCGUGAGGAGCUCGGCUCCGCUCACCCUCUUUCGAGAUCGAAACGGAAGACCUUGCCCUGGCAUUACAGACUCGCCUCGGACGAUGAUCCCUGAACGGAACGAAGUGGCGUGGAGUCCCGCAGGCAAAGACAAAGAAUCCUUUGAAGCUCUGUAUAAGCGAGGCAACUUGCUGGGCAAAGGCGGCUUUGGUACGGUGUAUGCUGGGCACAGGAUUGCUGAUGGACUGCAGGUUGCAAUCAAACAGGUUGCCAGGAACAGAGUUUCUGAGUGGGCAGAGCUGCCUAAUGGGACAGUGGCACCUCUGGAAGUGGCACUGAUGAAGCUUGUGUGUGCAGGAACUGGGCACCGAGGCGUGAUCCGGCUGUUGGACUGGUACGAAGCUCCCGAAGGCUUUUUCCUGGUGCUGGAGAGACCUGAGCAUUGCCAGGACCUCUUUGACUACGUGACAGAGCAGGGACCUCUCCCGGAGAAGCUGUGUCGACAAUUCUUCCGCCAAGUGGUGGAAGCCGUAUGCCACUGCCAUGCCCAAGGGGUGGUCCAUCGGGACAUCAAGGACGAGAACAUCCUGGUGGAUGUGCGUAUGGGCAACGUCAAGCUGAUUGACUUUGGGUCUGGGGCCUUGCUGAGAGAUUCUGUCUACACAGAUUUUGAUGGUACGCGUGUAUACAGCCCACCAGAGUGGGUGGAAUGCCAGCAAUACCACGCUCUGCCAGCAACUAUCUGGUCACUGGGAAUUCUCCUCUAUGACAUGGUGUGUGGUGACAUACCCUUCGAAAGGGAUGAGGAAAUUGUGGCUGCCCGUGUGGAAUUUCACAUCCCUGUAUCUCCUGAGUGCCAGGACCUCGUCCGCUGGUGCUUGACUCCAGAACCUUCUGAAAGGCCAACUCUGGAACAGGUGCUCUUGCACCCAUGGCUGAAGCUUGACCCUCUUCUUCAGACCGAAGAAGUACAGAGCUCCAGGGCCGUGGCUUGCAACAGAAGUGACCGAGAAACUUGACUCUUUCCUCCUGCCUCCUCCCCUUCUGAGACGGGGCGGUGGUGGUGCUGCUAAUGGUACUUAACUGCCAAUGGAACCUCAGGCAGCCAGGCUCAGGCAAUGGCUGAAGCAAAGUUGGCCUGGUUCUACAGGUCUUUUUAAAUUGAACUGAUCUAACAAGAGGAGGAUUUAGAGCUUCAGAGAUGAAUUCAGAUGUCUUCGCUCAAAUUCCUCUUGGCAACUAUCCAUAUGAUGUUUGAAUUCUGGCCCACCUGGCCACCCAGACGUCUCCAUAUGUGUAAAUACUUGUGUAUUAUUAUUUUUUGGGACUUCUGCCUUUGAAGAGAAAAAGACUCUGGGUUGGAUUUCUCAACCACAACGACUAUUUUUAAGCCCUUUCAGGAUACAUGUGUAGGUUUGGUUUGUGUGUGCAUGUGUUGUUGUUUUUAAAGAUAGCACUUCUGCAUAGCUCUGUCCGGCAACAAUAUCUGUGUGGAAAUCUAUUUAAUAAAUAAACUAUGUUGUCACACUCAGGGAAAAA